AAUCGUCGUCAUCGUGAUGACGGAAGAGAUCCCAUGUCUCAGAACCGAACGCUUGGAAGUGUCUGAAUUGUGUGUGAUGGAUUUUUUCUGUUUAUGUAUUGAGAUGUACUAACUUUGCGACAGCAUGGUUUUUGAGUCACUGGUGAGUGAUCUCCUGAACAAGUUCAUUGGUAAUUAUGUGGAAAACCUUGACAAGUCUCACCUGAAGAUCGGCAUUUGGGGAGGCAAUGUUGUCCUUGAAAACCUGAGGGUGAAGGAAAACGCUUUGAGUGAGUUGGAUGUACCCUUUAAGGUGAAGGCAGGGCAGAUCGGUAAGCUGAGUUUGAAGAUCCCUUGGAAGAACCUGUAUAAUGAAGCAGUGGAGGCGACACUAGAGGACCUUUAUGUCCUUGUGGUACCUGGAGCGACAAUUAAGUAUGAUGCUGAGAAGGAGGAACGCUACUCGCAGGAAGCUAAGCAGAAAGAAUUGCAGCGCAUCAAUGAUGCCCUUCAAACUGCAGCACACAGAGACUCUCCGCAUGGAGAGAUCUUGCUUAAUUUGGAAAAUUAUGUGUACAAAGACUCUCCCUUGGGACAAAAACAUAAAAAACAUAAAAAAACCUUUAGGAAAUCUAAACACACCAAACAAAAGUCAGAGAAUCCGCAAGAGGAGAAAAAAGACUCAUUUGUAGAGAAACUUGCCACUCAGGUCAUCAAAAACGUACAAGUGAAAGUCACCAACAUCCACAUCAGAUAUGAAGAUAAUGUAUCAAAUCCACAAAAGCCCCUUUCAAUUGGUGUGACCCUUGCAGAGCUGAGUCUGCAGACUACAGAUGAGAAUUGGAAGGCGUGUAUCCUUGAUGAAGCCUCCAAAAUAUUUUAUAAGCUGGGUCGUUUGGACUGCCUGUGCAUGUACUGGAACGUGAACAGCCCUACCCUGUCCUCCGGGUCAUGGGAGGAUAUUGUGCAUAAGCUGAAAGCUGGGAUCAGCAGCAAGGACCAGGAGCUGAAAGAGUUUCAGUACAUAUUUAAACCUGUAUUUGCCACGGCACAGAUCUGUAUCAGCCCCAAUGCAGAGAUUGAGCUCAAGUCACCUAAAGUCACCCUGCACCUAGAGGUUGAAAAGAUUGCUCUUGAGAUGACCAAACCUCAGUACAUGACUAUGGUGGAACUGCUGGAGUCCUUUGACUACAUGGUGAAGAAUGCUCCUUACAGAAAGUUCCGGCCAGAUGUUCCCGUUCAUACCAAUGCCAGGCAGUGGUGGCAGUAUGGUAUUCAGAGUAUAUUGGAGGUACACAUCCGACGACUGAAAGAGGUGUGGAGCUGGCCUCAUAUCAGACAACAUCGCCAUCGACUUCGUGCAUACCGAGCUGCCUACCAAAGCCAUCUCAUGCAGGGCAAAACAAAGGGUGACAUGGACACACAGAUCAAGGAGCUGGAGAAGGUUCUAGAUGUGUUUAACAUUACAAUGGCACGCCAGCAAGCCCAGAUGGAGGUCAUUAGGUCAGGUCAAAAGAUCGUGGCCACAAAAGGAGGUGCCCAGAAGCAGAGUGGAGGAUUCUUCAGCAGCCUUUUUGGGCGGAAAGGAAGUGGAAAGAGAAAAGAAGGGGAGGGUGAGGAGGAGGAGGAGGACACAAAGUUAAAGGCUCUGGAUGCCAUCUUGACAUCAGAGGAGAAAGGAAAACUCUACACUGCCAUUGGCUACAGUGGCAGUUCACAUAAUCUUACACUGCCAAAGCAGUAUGUUGCUGUGAUUGUAAGUGUUAAGCUGAUGAAGACUUCCAUCACUCUGAGGGAGGCAGAGAAUGUUCCAGAAACCCUGAAAGUCCAGAUGGUUGAUCUCACAACUAAGAUCUCACAGAGACCAGGAGCCCAGGCCAUCAAGCUGGAAGCUGGCCUGGAGCACUGGUACGUGACGGGGUUACAGCAGCGGGGGCUGGUGCCUUCCAUCAUUGCAUCAAUGGGCAGUAACACCUCUUCAUUGCUCAACAUUCAAUUUGAAGUGAAUCCUGAAGACACAACUGCUGAUCAGCUUCUGUACAUCCAAUCACAGCCUGUGGAGAUCAUCUAUGAUGCAGUUACUAUCAACACCUUGGCAGAGUUUUUUAAGGCAACAAAGGGGGUUGACUUGGAAGUCCUUACCUCGGCAACACUCAUGAAACUAGAGGAGAUAAAAGAGAAAACUGCAGCCGGUCUGUCUCACAUCAUACAGACACGGAAGGUUCUAGACCUGAGAAUCAACCUGAAGCCCUCAUACUUUAUGUUGCCAUCCUCGGGCUUCAAUGAUGCUGAAUCUGACUUGAUGAUACUUGACUUUGGUAGUUUGCAGUUAACAAGUGUGGAUCAGGCCUCUCAACAGUUUUCAGCCAGCUCAUCCCUGGAAGAAGUAAUGGACCAAGCUUAUGAGCGAUAUUCACUAGAACUGCGAAAUGUUCAGUUAUUGUACUGCAGAGCAGGUCAGAACUGGAAGGCAGCCCAUCAGAAAGGCUCCUCCCCUCAGCACAUACUGCAGCCGAUGGAUUUCACCCUCCAGCUUAGCAAGUGUAUGGUGGACCAAGAUGCCAGGAUGCCAAGGUUUAAGUUGUUGGGGGAAUUGCCACUGCUGCAUGUUAAAGUCUCUGAACAGAAGAUCAAGGGAAUGUUCAACCUACUGACAAGCAUUCCUUUACCCUCUACAGAGGAUCCCCUCACACCUACUAAGAAGGUUUUGGCUCCACCUCUGUCAAACACAACCAAGAUUAUAAAUGCCUCUGCUCUACUGGAUCUGGACACAGACACUGAAGAGGACGCCAGUGAUCUCUCUCAGGAUGAAGAUCUCCAGAAAAAGGCAAAAGCUGAGUUAACUGACUUGCAAUUCAAGUUUGAAGUCAAAGAGGUCUUGCUGCAGCUGACACAGGAUGGUUCCGGUGAACAGUGUGUGUUAGCUUGUGUUUGUCAGCUUGGUGCUGAGGGGAAACUCCGAACAUAUGACAUGACUGUCACAUCAUACUUGCACAAGGUCAGCUUGGACUACUGUGAAGACUCUCUCAAUCAGCCACUGCAUUUGAUCCGUUCUUCUGAUGCCCAUGACAAUGAUCUCCUGAAAGUAGUCUUUGUCAAAGCUGAUCCUAAUGGGCCACAUUUUCUGGACAUAUUUGAGAACACUGAAGGAACUCUUAAGGUGGAGUUCUCCUCUCUGGACUUUCUCCUUCAUACCAGAGCACUGCUGUCAUGCAUACAAUUAUUAAACUCUGCCAUGCCUGGAGAGCUGCGGACCGGCGGAGACAAACAAGACAGAAGCCACCAUAAGAAGGACUUGGAAAAGACAGGGGUGAAGGGACCCAAAGAUGCAGGUGCUGUGGCCUUGAAGGUGGUGGCUGUCCUGGGAUCCUUUGGAAUCAGGGUGUGUGACGACCAAGCUGAUAUAGCUGACAUCAGAAUACGAGGAAUUGAGGCAUCUGCUAUGGUCCAGUCGAAGAAGACAGAGAUGUUUGUUAGGCUGAAGGAUAUUGUGGUGAUGGACAUCAACCCAAAAACAGUCCAUAAAAAGGUGGUCUCCAUUGUUGGCGAGGAGGUGUUCAACUUUAAGAUGUGUCUUUACCCCAACUCUACCGAAGGAGAGGCCUACUUAGACACUGCGAAGGUUGAUGGGAAGGUUACCCUUAGGACGGGCUGCAUCCAGAUUGUGUAUCUACACACAUUUUUUAUGUCUCUGCUGGUGUUCGUGGAUAACUUCCAGGCAGCCAAAUCAGCCCUGACGGCCGCGACCUCUCAGGCAGCAGAAAGGGCAGCGAGCAGCAUGAAGAAAUUUGCUGAGAAGAGUUUCCGUCUGUCCAUGGAUGUCAAACUCAAAGCGCCCCUCGUCAUCAUUCCCCAGUCCUCUUCUUCCCAUAAUGCAUUACUGGUUGACCUUGGACUCAUUACCGUGAGCAACUGUUUCAGCCUGGUUCCAUCUAAUGAAGGACCCCUCCCCCCACUUCUGGAGACUAUGGAGAUCAAACUUACCCAACUCAAACUGGUCAGGUACAUGAUUAGGACAAAUCUAAAGGGGACGAUGUCCUCUCAGGCUGAGACAGAGCUUCUGAAGCCCAUCAAUUUGGAGCUCCAGGUCAAACGCAACCUUUCCUCAACCUGGUUUUCUAAAAUCCCUGCCCUGGAGGUGCAAGGAGUCCUCAAGGCAAUGAACAUCUGUCUGGGGGAAGAAGACUUCAGUCUCCUAACAAAGAUCAUGAUGGACAACAUUGGAGAAGAAACAAGCAGAUCCUGUGAUGUGAAUAAAGCAGCUAGCACAGAGUGUCAUCAGAAUGAAGAGAUGACAUGUUCUUUACCUGAAGAGCUGACUGUUUCGCCAUCAUCAGAAGCAGGAGUUCCCCAGUUAAUCUCUAAUGGAGACCUUGGGGAAAACACAGUUAACAUUCUGCUCAACUUUGAAAUCAAGGAGGUUACAUUGAGACUGAAGAAGUCUGAUGGGGGAACGGAGAGUCCCUUUCUAGACAUGAAUGUUUCGCAGCUUGGUAUCAACAUGACAACACGCAAAUAUGACCUGUGUGCCACCACUUAUAUCCAAGCAAUCUCUCUGAAGUGUCUACAGUUCUUAGACAGAAAUGGGGAACCUCUCUGCCUGGUGAACUCUACAGCGGAGUGUGGAACAGAGCUUCUCAAAGUGCAGUAUGCCAAGGUAAUGUAUGAAACAGAGCUUCUCAAAGUGCAGUAUGCCAAGGUAAUGUAUGAAACAGAGCUUCUCAAAGUGCAGUAUGCCAAGGUAAUGUAUGGAACAGAGCUUCUCAAAGUGCAGUAUGCCAAGGUAAUGUAUGGAACAGAGCUUCUCAAAGUGCAGUAUGCCAAGGUAAUGUAUGGAACAGAGCUUCUCAAAGUGCAGUAUGCCAAGGUAAUGUAUGGAACAGAGCUUCUCAAAGUGCAGUAUGCCAAGGUAAUGUAUGGAACAGAGCUUCUCAAAGUGCAGUAUGCCAAGGCUGACAAGAAUGGGCCAAACUUCACAACUACCUAUAAGAACACCGAACAAAUAAUAAGUAUCUUGUUCUCCUCUCUGGAUGUGAAGCUGCACACUGAGGCCCUUCUCUCUGUGAUGAACUUCUUCUCAACUGUGGUCACCCCUUCACCUUCAAGCACAGUCACUGCAGACAUAGAGACCAAACCCACAGGUUCAAGAACACAUGCCAACAGAGUUGAGGUUCCAGGGUCUUCUGGUGACGGUGGUGUGAUUGAUCUGAAGAUCUUGAUGAAGCUUGAGGCAUUCAAUGUGCUGUUAUGUGACCUGAGCUGCAGUAUAGCUGAUGUCAAGAUCCAGGGCCUGCAAGGUUUGCUGUUGAAGCAGCAGUCCGACAUGCAUGUCUCCACCAGCCUCCGAGAUUUCAUCAUAGAGAAUGUGGAUCCUCACACUAUACACACCAAGGCCGUUUCCAUCGCUGGCGGAGAAGUUUUCAAUCUCAGCAUGAGCUUGACUCCUAAGGCUACAGAAGGUUCUGGAUACGCAGACAUGAGCAAGAUGGAUGGGUGUGUCAACCUGUGUGUGGGCUGCAUCCAGGUGGUCUAUCUACACAAAUUUGUCAUGUCACUGCUGAACUUCUCCAAUCACUUCCACAUGGCCAAAGAGGCUCUGAGUGCUGCCACGACUCAAGCAGCAGAGAGGGCUGCCAGCAGUGUGAGGGAUCUCGCCCAGAAAAGUGUCCGUCUGUCUUUGGACGUAAACCUAAAAGCACCCGUCAUCAUUAUUCCUCAGUCCUCAACGUCUCCUAAUGCGCUGCAUGUUGACCUGGGCCUCAUCACUGUAGACAACACCUUCAGCUUGCUCCCUGUGGGGGAGGGGCCCCUACCAGUUGUGAUCGAGCACAUGAAUGUGAACCUCACACAGCUCAAGCUUUCCAGAGUGUCUACUCUACAGCAGAACAAGAGUACUGAGCUGCUGGAACCUGUCAAUCUGGUGUUGGCUGUGCAGCGGAACCUGGCCUCUUCCUGGUAUUGGAGUCUGCCAGCCGUCGAAAUACAUGGGGACCUGAAGCCAAUGAAGGUAUCACUGAGUCAGGAGGAUCUUAGAAUGGCUCUAAGUAUUCUGAUGGAGAAUACAGGAGAGGCCAGCUGUGGAGACGUUCAAAAGACACUUGACUUCGAGCGUGACAGCGCCUCAAUGCAGAAUUCCACACUAAAAGAUGUAGGUGUGGACAAUAACCCAGAGACUGCAGAGCCUUCUGGAGAGAAGAUGGAGACCCUGAAGUUCAGCUUCAAUGUGAACUCUCUUGGGCUGGUGCUGUUCGGUGGCCACUCUCAGAAGGAAUCAGUGCAAAUUAUGCACCAGCCUUUUGGAGAAUUCACACUGCAUCAAAUAAGAGCCGAGGGCAGGGUGAUGUCGGACAGCAGUCUUGAAAUAUCUACUGUCCUGAAGACCUGCACUUUACACGACCACAGGACCACUGGUGAAAGAGUCUCAUCUAGAAUGCUGGGGAGGCGAGAUGAGGAGAGUUCUGCUGCCAUGAUUGAUGUGGCAUACACACAGAACAGAAGUGAUAGAAAGGUCGUAGUUGUUCUGCAAAACCUUUAUCUGUGUGCCAGUGUGGAGUUUCUGUUGGCGGUGGCUGACUUCUUCAUCCAGGCCAUGCCCCAAACUAAAGUGGAUAAAGCUAACCAGCUUCAGGUGAAACAGCUUUCAGAUGCCAGGGGUGCUGCACAAACCCCCUCAGUGUGGAUGCAGAAGACCUAUGUGCAUGCCGUUGUGGUGGACCCUGAGGUCGUGUUUGUGGCAAAUCAAGCAUGCGCACAAGCUCCAUCUUUGGUAGCGUCAUUCCAAUGUGACUGCCACCUCAAGUCAGACGGGAGUCUUGUUAGCUUGUCAUCCAACAUCAGGGACCUGCAACUGCUUGCUUGUCCUUUCAUACGCAAGCAAGAAGACAAGUCUGUCACAACAGUGCUGCAUCCAUGUUCAGUUAAGCUGGAAGGCAAAAUGGAGGGGAAUGGUCCUCUCCACGGCUAUGUGGAUAUAGAGGAAGUCAUCAUCAAGAUAUCUCCAGUUAUCAUAAACACAGUUUUGACAAUAACUACAGCCAUGACUCCUAAAGCACCAGCGGAGCUAUGUGAAGUGUGUCCAUCUGACUUCAGCAAACUGUGGAACGUCAUGGACAUCAACAGCUGCAACUCCUGGUUCCUGGGAGUUGAUUCUGCGCAUGAAAUGACCGAGAAUUUCAGUGAUGCCAAGGAACGUUCUGUGGACGAGAGCUUCAGGUUUCAGGUGAAAGUGGUCCAGUUGACCUUGGAGUCUGGGCUGGGUCACCGCACCGUCCCUCUGCUGCUGGCGGAGUCCUCUCUCACCAUGGACGCACACAACUGGACCUCACAGCUGAAGCUCAAUGCCGACAUGACACUAGAGGUUAAUUACUUCAAUGAAAUUCAUGCUGCCUGGGAACCACUGAUAGAAAGAGUGGUUGAUGGCCACCGCAGAUGGAAACUCAGCUUGGAGAUGAAGACCAAUCCUACUCGAGAUAAGAGCCCAGUGCCUGGCGAUGACUUCAUCGUGUUUCCUGAUCCUCAGACAGCCAUCACCAUAAGCUCCUCUGACACCAUGAACAUUACCCUUUCCAAAUGCUCCCUCUCUGUCUUCAGUAACCUGGCCAAGGCCUUCUCUGAGGGGGCAGCCUCUUCCUUUGACUAUUCUCUGAAAGAAAAGGCUCCAUUCACCAUCCAGAAUGCUCUGGGUCUUCCCAUGUUUAUUCAGCACAGCAGCAACCUCCGUAUCGUGGACAGCCCUGGGAGUGGCAAGCUGCAUGAGGUGGCUGCAGGCGAGAGCAUUGACAUGACCUACUCCGAGCUCAAGCCCCUCGCUCGAGGAAGCCUCUCGGCCCUUCAGAGACAGGAGAGCUUGGUGUUCCUGGGCAUGGCCCCUGCAGGUUACAGUGAGAUCUCUAGCAUUCCCAUCAAUAAACCCACCAGGCGGCUCUAUAAUGUCCGAGGACCGCAUGCACGUGAGGUGGUGUCGGUGCUGCUGCAGGUUGAUGCCAAACAGGGUAACAAGGUCAUCACUGUCAGAUCUCCUCUUCAGAUCAAAAACCAUUUUUGUGUGCCCUUUGCCAUCCUGAAAUACUGCCCGACGAGUGGGGACAUGGUCACUGUAGGCAUCGCCCAACCAGAGAAAGAGUUACAUGUCACGUUGGAGUCCUACAGGUGUCAGCUCUUCCUGCUUCCUAUUGGUGAUUUGGAGGGUCAGUACUCGGCCUCCGCUACAUGCAUCACCUGGAGGGAGAAUGUCCACAUGAGCUCCGAGGUUCAAUCGCUCCUCCUGUGCCCAGCUAGCAGUGUCAGCUUUCUUCCACUGGUGGUCAAGACACUGGCAGUACCUGAUGAGCUGACUUUCAUAGCUAGUCAAGGGGAGACGGACUGGGACCCUGCCUACGUCAUUCACUUGUAUCCAGCAGUGACUAUUCGCAAUCUCCUGCCUUACUCCAUACGGUACUUGCUAGAGGGCUCUGCACAAUUCAAUGAAAUAUCUGAGGGCAGCAUGUCUGAUGUCCUGAACACUCGCAUAUCUGGUGAAAUCAUGGAACUUAUGUUGAUCAAGUAUCAGGGUCGGAACUGGAGUGGACGGAUGAAGAUCCAUGACAGCCUAGCAGAGUUCUCCUCUGUGUGCCUGAUCAGUGAGACGUCGGAGGAGCUGACGGUGGAUCUCUAUGUCCACGUGUCCAAGACCAAUGGAAACAUGAUGCUCUCUGUCUUCAGUCCUUACUGGAUCAUCAACAAGACAUCCCGAGUGCUGCAGUAUAGUGCUGAGGACAUCUGUGUUAAACACCCAUCAGACUUCAGAGAUGUCAUUCUUUUUUCCUUCAAAAAGAAGAACUUCUUUAGCAAGAGCAAAUUGCAGCUGAGUGUGUCGACAAGCUCCUGGUCAGAUGCCUUCUCUCUGGACACAGUUGGAAGUUAUGGCUGUGUCCGGUGCCCAGACAAGAACAUGGACUACCUGGUUGGUGUCAGUAUCCAGAUGAGUAGUUUCAAUCUGAGCCGCGUAGUCAUCAUGACCCCCUUCUUCAUGCUGGCCAAUCAGAGCUGUUUGGAAUUAGAGGUGGGGGAGGUGCCAAGUGGGAACCAUUCCUCCAAGAACCGAUGGCACUAUACUGCCUCCAAAGAGUGUGUACCGCUUUGGCCAGAGCUGAGCACCAGUAAACUCUGCGUUCGAGUGGUGGGAUCGGAGGUGGCUUCCAAGUGUUUCUACUUCAACAAACAGGACAAUGGCACCCUGCUCAGAGUCGAUGGGUAUGGAGGUCUGCUUGUAGAUGUCAAUAUCUUGGAUCACUCAACUGUCGUCAGCUUCUCGGACUACUAUGAAGGCGCCGCUCCUGCGCUGCUGAUCAACCAUGCAUCCAGAGCCAGCAUUCUCUUCCAACAGAGUGGAUGCGAUGUCCAUCAUGCACUCCAGCCAGGGGAAGUACAGCGGUUCGCCUGGGAUGACCCUUCAGGGGUUCGUAGACUCAGCUGGAGCUUCAGAGAACACUCUGGAGAACUAGACCUGGUCAAGGAUGAGUAUGGCUCAUUUCCAAUGGAUGGCGCAUGUCAGGUGCACUGGGUGAGCUUUCUUGAUGGGCGGCAGCGUGUGUUGCUCUUCACAGAGGAUGUUGCCGUGGUAGCCAAAGCACGUCAGGCUGAAGACCUGGAGCAGUUUCAGCAAGAAUUCAGUGUGUCUCUCCAGAACCUGGGGCUCUCCCUGAUCAACAACAAGAACAAGAGAGAGAUUGCCUAUGUGGGCAUCACUAGUUCAGGGGUGGUCUGGGAGCAGAAGCCAAAGAACCGGUGGAAGUCUUUCAAUGUUAAAAACAUCAGCCUACUUGAGAAGGCAUAUCAAAACCAUCUUUCAGCAGCUAAAGAGCCUUGCUGGGUGAAGAUAGAAAGCAAUCUAGAGGUCCAUUUUGGAACGGUGCCGAUGCAGAUGCGGCAGCCUUACUCCUGUCACAUUCGGAGGAAUUCCCUGGCUGGGAUUCAGGUUGAAUACAAGCAGUCGCCACACCAGCGGUGUCUGAGGGCACAGCUUCACUGGUUACAGGUGGACAACCAGCUCCCUGGCGCCAUGUUCCCAGUGGUCUUCCACCCUGUGCCUCCACCCAAGUCCCUGUUCCUGGACUCAGAGCCCAAGGCAUUCAUUGAUGUGAGCAUUAUCACCAGAUUUAAUGAACACAGCCAAGUCAUGCAGUUCAAGUACUUCAUGGCACUCGUACAGGAGAUGGCAGUGAAGAUUGAUCAGGGUUUCUUAGGAGCAAUCAUCACUCUGUUUACACCCGCUGUGGACUCAGAGUUCAGUAAGAAGCAGCUCAUUGUGAAAGAUUUAGACACACUGCAGGAGCAGCUGAUGGAAUCUUCUAGAACAGACAGUUCAGGCCUCAGCUUCUUUGAACAUUUUCAUAUCUCUCCUAUCAAAUUACACCUGAGCCUCUCUCUGGGCUCCAGUGCAGAGGAGGCUGAGGAGCAGGAGAUGGCAGCGGUCCAGUCCUUCAAUCUGCUACUGAAGAGUUUUGGAGCGACCCUUACUGAUGUGGAUGAUCUGAUCUUUAAACUUGCAUUCUUUGAAGUCCGUUUCCAGUUCUACCGCAAGGAAAAGUUGAUGUCAGCGGUCAUUCGCCAUUACUCUGAGCAGUUCCUGAAGCAGAUGUAUGUAUUGGUGUUGGGACUGGACGUGCUAGGGAAUCCGUUUGGUCUAAUCAGAGGCCUGUCAGAGGGAGUGGAGGCCUUUUUUUAUGAACCAUUCCAGGGAGCGGUACAGGGGCCAGAGGAAUUUGCAGAGGGCUUUGCCAUUGGGGUACGCAGUCUUCUGGGACACACAGUGGGAGGAGCAGCAGGAAUGGUAUCACGGAUCACUGGCUCUGUGGGUAAAGGUUUGGCGGCCAUGACCAUGGAUAAGGAGUACCAGCAGAAACGCAGAGAGGAGAGAAACAGGCCUCCCAAAGAUUUUGGAGAGAGUCUCGCCAAAGGAGGGAAGGGUUUCCUGAAGGGCUUUGUUGGGGGUGUGACUGGAAUCGUCACCAAGCCUGUAGAAGGUGCAAUGAAAGAGGGUGCAGCUGGCUUCUUUAAGGGGAUUGGAAAAGGACUGGUUGGAGUUGUUGCCAGGCCAACUGGAGGCAUUGUUGAUAUGGCCAGCACUACCUUUCAGGGGAUUCAGAGGGUGGCGGAAUCAGCCGAGGAAGUGAGUAAAAUACGCCCAGUGCGUCUCAUUCGGGAAGACGGGGUGAUACGGCCAUACAACUUACAAGAAGCCCAAGGCUAUGACUUUUACCAGAGGUCAGAGAUUAAGCAGGAGGAAGGGGAGGUCUUCAGGGAACACUUCGAUUACCCUGGACACAGGAAGACUAAAAUAAUCAUAACCAACAGGCGGGUAAUGUGUGUGAAGCAGAUAGAGUUUGUUGGUCACUUCAGCAAAGACUGGGAGUAUUUUCACGACCACUUCUCUAAGCCACCCAGUGUAGAGGGGACACACCUCCAGCUCUACUGUAAGGGGCAGAAUAAAUUGAGGAUGUCUAAGAAAGACAGCGAGGAAGUGAGGGUUGUGGCCAUGAAACACGCUGAACUUGCUGAGAAAUUGCGGGAUGCCAUAGCGAGCGCCCAGGUGACUCAGCACCAACAGCAGAUGACACGCCAGCAGUCUCAACGUCUCCACAAGCCUGGAACAAAUGCUUAAUAUUUUACGGAUCGUCUAAAUAUUGACUCUCUCACACAGUCAGAAAAUAUUUAAAUGAAAAGCUAUCAGUGUAUUCAUUUUGCUAUCUGUGUAUUCAUGUUUCUUUCAAAACAAUUAUUUGCUACCAGAUUAAUUUGCUAUUCCAUUUUGAACAUAAAUAAAAUGAUUGAAUAUUUCAUUGUAGAAUAUUUGUUUCUGUAUUAAUUAUAUAUAUAGAUCUAUAGAUAUAUAUAUUUUGCUGAAGAGAAUUUUAGAUAUAAUCCCCUCUACAAAGACUGUAAACCAACCGCCUCCAUCAGGAGGUACACUGAAGGUGUCAGAGCCUGCCUGCAAAGACAUUUGCUAGAGAAGAUCCCAUCAUUGAUAACCUGAACAUCUCAUAAAGACGUUUAUAACCAACACCUCGGAAUGCACAGACACAUUUAGGAUCCUCAAAUAACAUGCAGAACUUAAUGGCAUAAUAUUUUUAGCAUGUGGGCUGAAUUUGACAUUUGGAAAUUCAAAAUGUGUCCAAAAAUUCUAUCCUUUAUCACAUUUUAUAUUUUAUUGUUGUACAGUUUAAGUGUACAGUGGUGGUGUGAUUUCCCUUAAAUAUUCAGCAGAUUAUCUCCACAGAAAGUUAGGUAAUUGUAAUUUUUGGUCCACAUAUUAUGAAUACAGCUCAGUGAAUAUGUAGCUAGCUAGUCUGCUCUCUUGCUACACAGCCCUACAAUAUUGCACAGUAACUAUGCUAGCAGUGAAUAUUCACUAAGUGUGAAACUGAGAACGUUUACUUUUACGUUUUUAAACUGGCCAGCCAAAUUGAUUACAGGUAGUUAAUGAUAUAGUAUUAAAUGUGUACGUAUUCAUGAAGUCAUUUUUUAUGAUUUUGUUGAUCUGACCCUUGACCCUAAUUAUGUAGUAACUGCUCUCACUACUCUGCCCAAAGUGCAGUGACUACAAUGUUGCUUUUUACUUUCUCCUUUGGUGUGGUAUUUUCAAAAUAAAAAAUAUUGUUUAAGAAUAAA